AAAAAAUUGAAGCAAACUCCAUUAGUGAUGGAGUGCAGUAAAAGCGUGAAAAAUCCCGACAAAUGGAAGCGAUUUAUAUUUCCCGUCUCUUGAAAAAAAAAAGAAAAAAAAGGAGGAAGUGGCAAAACGGUCCACAACAAACUCCUCCUGGGCCCACACCAGUUCACUAGCCCAAUCAGCAGUGCCCACGUCACUUUGACCCUUCUGUAAAGCGAGAACCCUCCCAUCGAAUCUCACUGUCCUCACACACAAAAGCACACAACACACACACACACACCGAGUGAGAGAGAGAGCAAUCCCUUGUUUCCCCAAACACGCCCCCUGCUCCGCCGCAUGGCCUGUCGGCCGGAAUGUUUAGCUCGAUCACUUUGAUAGGCUGUUCUGCUGCGGAGUUCGAAUUAGCCCGCGUUCUCCACGCUUGCUGAUUUCGUGUGUGUGUGUGUUUGUGUGAGUAGGGUUUGUGGUGGAAAAAAAAAAUUGAGCUUGGAGUUGGGGGGAGAUUUGGGGAAACAAAAUGUACGUGGUUCCUCCUCCGAAUCGGGCCGAUCCGUUAGCUGGAUCCACUAAUGGCUCCGACGAGCUCAUGGUUUAUCAGACUUGGAAAGGCAGUAAUAAAUUUUUUCUCCAAGGAAGGUUUGUUUUUGGACCAGAUGUAAGGUCGCUGGCUCUAACUAUAUUCCUGAUUGUGGCUCCUGUAGCUGUUUUCUGCAUCUUUGUUGCUCGAAAACUGAUGGAUGAUUUUGUUGAUGACUGGGGAGUAUCAAUUAUGGUUAUUGCCAUCGUGUUCACAUUUUAUGAUUUGAUUCUUCUAUUGCUAACAUCUGGAAGAGAUCCUGGCAUCAUUCCUCGAAAUGCACAUCCACCUGAACCGGAAGGCUAUGAUGGGAGUGUAGAAGGAGCUCAAACACCACAGUUACGCUUGCCCCGCAUUAAGGAAGUUGAGGUUAAUGGUGCUACAGUGAAGAUCAAGUAUUGUGACACCUGCAUGCUUUAUCGACCUCCGCGUUGCUCCCACUGUUCCAUUUGCAAUAACUGUGUCGAACGAUUUGACCAUCACUGCCCUUGGGUUGGGCAGUGCAUAGGACUGAGAAACUACCGGUUCUUCUUCAUGUUUGUCUUCUCAACGACUCUACUUUGUAUAUAUGUCUUUGGUUUCUGCUGGGUUUACAUCAAGAGAAUCACAGAUACUGAGAAGACAUCAAUAUGGAGGGCAAUGAUCAAUACCCCUGCUUCCAUUGUCUUAAUCAUAUACACCUUUAUAGCAGUUUGGUUUGUUGGUGGUCUUACGGCAUUCCAUUUAUAUCUAAUCAGUACAAAUCAGACUACUUAUGAGAAUUUUAGAUAUAGAUAUGAUAUCCGUGCCAACCCCUAUAACAAAGGAGUAGUGAACAACUUCAAAGAAAUAUUUUGCGGGCCUACACCUCCAUCAAAGAACAAUUUUAGGGCUAAGGUACCCAGAGAACCUGCUUUACCAGCUCGAUCUGUAGCUGGUGGUUUUGUUAGCCCUAAUAUGGGUAAAGCUGUGGAGGACAUAGAGAUGGGAAGGAAAGCAGUAUGGGGAGACGUGGGCGCUGUGUUGGAUCAUCCCGAAGGCCAAUUGAGUGACAAUGACGGCUUAAAUGCCAAAGAUGGUGGAGUAGGUGGCAUGUCCCCUGAGAUAAGGACUACAGUAGAUGAGAACGACCGUGCUGGGAUGCAUCCAAGGCGCUCGAGUUGGGGGAGGAAAAGUGGGAGCUGGGAAAUGUCUCCAGAAGUCCUUGCUCUGGCAUCCAGAAUGGGAGAGCCUAACCGAAUGGGUGGAAGUAGCAGCGCCAUUCGAUCAACAGAACCCAAGUCAUGACAGAGAGACGAACCACAUUCCAUACUCGUGGAGAAUCAACAAUCUAUUCAUUUAUGGUAUGUCUGUUCUUUGUUGUGGUGAUUAAACUUGCAUGAUGUUUGUGCCUUAUGAUUGGACUAGCCUCAACGGGGUGUGCAGAAGAAAGUCAUAUUCGGGCUCUACUUGGAAGCAGUAUUUGUGCCAUGCGAGGGUUGCUGCUGUGUUAUUGCUAAUCAUGUAUUGUAUUUGUUGAAAUAGCUUUAGUUGAGUCUCUCUUUCUAUCUAUCUCUCUCUCUCCCCCUCUCCCUUUCCUGUGACUAUACUUGUAUUAUUAACCUUCUCUGUAAUUCUUGUGUUUCAGUCAAUGCUAGAAGUUGUCCUAGUUCUUGUUGUA